AAUUGAAAAAGUGUUCAAGAGCUGCAGGAUAACGACAUGCCCAAAGACAUGUUCUUUCUCUUCUUUGAGAAAUACCCACCGCACCAAAUCUCAUUCAACCCCCACCCCACCUCUUUCAUCCCUCAUCUCUCUUCUAAAUUCAAUUACUCGAUCCCUUUCUCUUUAUCUAUGUAAAUCUUUCUCGAUUAACCCUUUCUUAGGAGGAUUUUUCUUCUCGUGUUAAUAGGUAGGUAGGAAGAUAAAAUGAGUAUGAUCGUGAUUGACGGGAUGAUGGAGAAGGGUGUAUUGGAUGAUAUAAUUAGGAGGUUGUUGGAUGGUAGAGGAGGGAAACAGGUCCAGCUAUCGGAGGCUGAGAUCCGUCAGCUGUGCGUCAACGCCAGGCAAAUUUUCCUUUCUCAACCUAAUCUCCUGCAGCUUCAUGCGCCAAUCAGGAUCUGCGGUGAUAUACACGGACAAUACCAAGACCUAUUGAGGCUUUUUGAGUAUGGUGGCUACCCUCCAAUUGAAAACUACCUCUUUCUUGGUGAUUAUGUUGACAGAGGCAAACAAAGUUUGGAGACCAUAUGUCUGCUUCUUGCAUACAAGAUAAGAUAUCCAGACAAAGUGUUCCUCUUAAGAGGAAACCAUGAAGAUGCCAAAAUCAACCGCAUUUAUGGGUUUUAUGAUGAAUGUAAAAGGAGAUUCAAUGUCCGUUUAUGGAAGAUAUUUACAGAUUGCUUCAACUGUUUGCCAGUUGCUGCAUUAGUUGAUGAAAAGAUCCUUUGCAUGCAUGGUGGUCUUUCCCCAGAGCUUGAGAAUUUGAGACAAAUAAAGGAAAUUGAAAGGCCAACUGAAAUCCCUGAUAAUGGGCUUUUAUGUGAUUUAUUAUGGUCAGAUCCUGAUCCCAACAUUGAAGGUUGGUCUGAUAGUGAUCGUGGUGUUUCAUGUACUUUUGGAGCUGAUAAAGUUGUUGAAUUUCUUGCCAAGAAUGAUCUUGACCUUAUUUGUAGAGGUCAUCAGGUGGUAGAAGAUGGGUAUGAGUUUUUUGCUAAAAGAAGACUUGUGACAAUAUUUUCAGCUCCAAAUUAUGGGGGAGAGUUUGACAAUGCAGGGGCUUUAUUGAGUGUUGACAAAUCCUUAGUGUGUUCUUUUGAGAUAUUGAAGCCACUUGAUUAUUCAAAAAAGCCAGGAACUUCUAAGUUGCCUCUUAAAAAGCCACCAAAAACAGGAACAGCAUGAGAGGAGGAAAAGUGGUGAGGGGAUAAGAAAAAUCAUAAUUCAUAAUGAUGAAGGUUGAAGUGUAGAGAUGUUAUGAAGUAUGAAAUGGAUGACAUCUGUAAGAUGAGGUGAUUAGGAAGGGUAAUAUACUUAAUGAAUGCACAGAAACUUACUGUAGUUGGAUGCAAUUAAACACCCUUUUCCAGUUGGUUGGUUGUUAUUGUUGGAAAUAUUAGAUUGAGAAUCACUUCAACGGUUUUGGUGUUGUUGUAUAUUGAUUGUAAAAUGUGUUUUUUCUUUUUUCUUUUUUACUUUUGAAAGUGUGUGAAGGAUGUUCUUGUGUUGGUAUGUUGGAGCUUUAACCUUUGAUUUUGAUCCCACCAUUGAAAUGGAAAAGAUG